AUGACUGAGAAAUCUCUUCAUGAAGCCAUUUUCUCCCCCCUCCCGCCUUUGGCGGUGCAUAAGGACGCAGUCUACAGGCGUGUAACUGUGAACAACACAACUACCAGAGUGGAAGCCUUUCGGGCUCUCAAGAAAGAAGACGCCGAAAUCCUUAUGAAAUUAGGCUGCGACUUGCUUGAGGACAAGAAGGAGGACAAUAAGAAGAGCAAGAAGAAGAAGGAGGAGAAUAAGCUGAGUGGAACCGCGAUCAAGCAGCUACCAGGCACCCUGAAAAGCGAAGCAGAUGCCAUGACAGCAAGCAUUCUGUACUUCCUCCAUCAUAUCAAUUUGGUUAUAAACCAAAAGCUACAGAACGGGCACAUCAAAACAUCUCUUGAGUCGUCCAAGUCCGCUAUGAGAACCGAUUAUAUUUGGAACUUCUACCCUAAAACUGGCAACCCUUUCCCAGUUGCUGUGCUCGAAAUAAAAGCCCCCAAUCUUUUAAAAGGGACGGAAUUCGCCGAAGCCAUAGCCGAUACCGGGGAUAGGAAUAAAGUGGAUCGCGCAUCAGGAGACAGAAGUAGCACACUGUUACUAUACAACGCUCGGGAAUUCACCCAGCAGUUAAGACGAUAUCUCAAGAAACACAAUGUUCAAGAUAGAGCUAUCAUUGAUUGGAAUUACCUUGCCAUCAUAGACACUGAUGGGCUGCUAGAGGACCACCAGAAUCCUGUCCUGGCGAGGCUUGCUUGGUUUGACCGGAGUAGAGAGAUUCAAGGUGAUAAAAGUAUUCAUCUCAUGAUGCUAGGAUUUCUCUACCGCGCCUUGAACCGACCCCGCACAGCGAAUCCGGAGCUCACAAGACCACAGUUCUCUUGAUGCCUGUGCCAUGUCUGCAUGGUGUGACUGUUCGCCUUUGCCUUUUCUCCCUUUUCUUAUCGAGUUUCUGAAAUUUGCCUUUGUAUCCCGUCUCAUUCAACAUUGGGAAGGCUGGUCGCAGG